AUGGCAUCCUGGCGUGAAGUUUCAAAAGGCCAUUACGAGCGCCCCCUUGGCGCAAAUGAACGAUUCAUCAAAUUUGUCGGAGAUCGCGCCCACAUAGCUGGUCGAGAGCAGUGGUCUGUAUCUGUGGUCGCCACAUUAAGAUUUCCAGACAAGAUAUCACCGGCGGAUUUGAAGAGAAGCUUGCAGUACGCAUGGAGAUUGUUUCGAUUCAAGCACCCUAGCAUUGCAUCCACGGUGAUCGAUGACGGAAAUGAUGCAGUUGUCAAAUAUAACGUACCUGAUUCCAAGAUUUUGGAUGAUUGGGCGAACGAGACUUUCUUUGUGAUCGAUGAUUCGGCGACAAGUGCAGAAGACACAAUUUCUGUAAUGAAACCAAACGAGUUUCUUACUGGCUACUUCCUCUCUCAUCGACAAGAAAUUAUUAUUCAUACGGCCCAUUGGCGAACAGAUGGAUAUGGUGCUAUAUAUCUGCUAGAUGCAUUUUUGCACGCGAUCAAGACUGUUUUGGAUAAUGAUGGCCCGCCAUCUGUACCGUGGGGCGAGGAAGUAUCUCGCCUUGUACCUAGUUUGGAAACGGCAUUGCAAUUGCCUGAUAGCGACCCCCCGGAAGCUCUAGUGGCUGCGAAACAAUACAUCAGCACGCAAGGCCUCAUGAAAAAUUCAGUUGGUAUUCACUACCUGGGAGAUAUGGAGACCAGGCCGGGGGGGACUCGAAGCGUCACUAUGCAAAUCCCCAAAGAAACAACACAGACUUUGGAGGCAGCUUGCGAAGCGGGCAACUUGGAGUUAUUUGCUGCUUGCCACGCGGCUCUGGCCAAAUUUCACUUCUCGCAGCCUACAAAAUUAUCGGAAAGCGAAAGAUGUUAUUCCAGUACAAUUCGACUCAGCAUGCGUCCCCAUCUGCUUCCGCCAUACAACGACUCAGCCGGGGCUUGCAGUAUCUACACCGGUGGAUAUCGUUUCCAAGUGUCUUCAAGUGAAUCUUUCAGCCACAUUGCCGGAAGGUAUCUACAAGAGUAUAAAAACGGCGUGACAGACUCGUUUAUUCAGUCUCGCCGUCAAUUUGCGAUGACCAUUCUGGAGAGUCUCCGCGGUGGCAUGCCAAUUCCAAACCCACCCCCCAGCAACAUUGACAUCUCUAUUGUUGACGACGCUGAGAGGAUGAUAAGUCCAAUCCUGUCCACGAAAAAUGGCCCAUUGGAGGUACUAAACAUCAACCUAGGUGUGGAAACGCUCACGCGACAGCCCUACCUUUUCUUGUGGAAGUUUUCUGGACAAUUGAAUCUGGCACUGUGGUAUAAUGAGGCCUACCAGGAUGCAGGAAUAGCAUCUGAAGCUCUGAGAAGCAUUUCUCAUGUUCUGGGAGCUGAGCUAGGCCUUGUGAUGUGA